AUGUCUAUCUCUCGAGCAUUCACCAAGCGUGUCAGGCGCAACUUUGUGGACCAAACACCAAUGCAACGUGGCACAACAGUUAGAUAUGCUCCUGGAACCAUCGAUCGCAACCUCAUCUCUCUGCCGACCGAGUUGAUCUCUACCACCAACGUGCAGGCGUUGACCGCUCCAGAUAUCCGGAGCAUUUCUGGUUCCUCCUCGGGUUCACUUUCGUCAGUCAACGACUCUGAUUUCUCGACCAUUGACCGCAGUUUUCUCAACAGCACGGGCACUGACAAUUCGUCCAUCGACAGUAGCGGUCCCGCCACUCCUGUGACACCUGGAAACGAAGACAGCAAGUCAUUCUUCGAUUUGAAACAGACUACUCCGCUUCUCCCUGCCAUCGCUUCACCGACCUUUGACGUCCCCGUGGUCCCGCAACGAUCUCCAACUCAUUCGAAGGAAGCGCAUGUAGAGUUAUCACGGAAGCGAUCGAUUCAGCGAAUGUCGCCACCCCCAGUCAACAUUUCCCAGCCGACUACGCGGGGUGCCUCCGAUUCUUCAGAAACCCGUCACCCCUUUGGUAGAGAACUGGCGCAAGUGAAUGAGGUCGCAGAAGAGUUUGGUGCCACUGCAAGAUUGCUUGACGAGGAAGAACAAGAAAUUCUGGGUAAAGGACUUUGCAAGUUUGGGGUGGAAGAGUACCUCGACGAAAUCGCCGGUCUGUAUGGCGGCAUCUUCGAGGACAAGCUCGGGUCAGUGGCAAAGCCAUGGCUAUGA